AUUACAAUGAGUUGAAGAUAUCUUUAAAGAGGAAAUAGGCAUCAGAUGCACAUUGAAAGGCACAGCCGCCCGCAAUCGAUUGUUUGUAUUUAAAUCAAACCAACUGAGCCAUUAAUAUAAGUUGAGCUGCCGCAAUGGACACAACGGCGCCGUCUGAGGGUCUUGGCGAGGUUGUCUCUCAUUACCUGGACAAGGGGAUAGUACUUAUUAUAGCUGAUCUUCUUAGUUUGAUUACGGUGUCAUCAUGUCUGGUCAUCAAGGUGCCACAAAUAAAUACGAUACGAGAAAACAAAUCGUCAAAAGGCAUCAGUGUCUUUGGCUUGUGCCUGGAACUGUUCAGCUAUACCGUUAUGAUGUCCUACAAUUACACGUCAGGCUAUGACUUCUUAUCCUAUAUGGAGUAUCCUGUGUUGCUGCUGCAGGAAUAUGUGCUGAUCUAUUAUGUCUUCAAAUAUCAGGAUAUGCUAGGCAAACGAACACAAGUCUUUGCCAUAUUCUAUACAAUCAUCGCAACACUUAUCUAUUUGAAACUCUUUCCAAUUAUCAUCCUAACGUUUCUGGUGCCUUUCUGUACGCCAAUUGGAGCAACGAGCAAAGUGCUCCAACUGCUCGCUAUAUUGCGUACAAAAGAUGCCAGCUCCGUUAGCCGGACGACAUGGGCGCUGUCCGCCUUCACCAAUAUGACUCGCAUAUACACAGUCUACGUGCAGUCGCAUGAUUUGAUGCUGCUAUCUAAUUUCCUGAUAUCCACUUUCCUUAGUCUCAGCGUGUUUGUCGCCGCCUGCAUUUAUAAGAAGAAAACGAAGACGGCUUAAAACGGGCUAAACUACUAUUUUAAAGAUAAAUCUAAUCAAGCGAAUACUCAAUAGACACGGACUUACAGUUGUUGACAAAGUUUUUACUAAUAAAAUUCAAAUCUCAUUGGCA